AUGAGCCAGCAGGAUGCGGCUGAGGUCCUCGCACUGUCCGAGCGCCUCCUCAUAGCUUCCCACAAGGGGCAAGCCGACAAUGUGGUCCAGCUCAUCAACAAGGGCGCGAAGGUAGCCGUCACCAAGUAUGGCCGGAGCCCCCUGCAUUUGGCCGCCUACAAAGGCCACAUCGAGGUGGUGCGUGUCCUGCUCAAAGCUGGCUGCGACCUGGACAUCCAAGACGACGGGGAGCAGACGGCGUUGCAGCGGGCCGCCAUGGUGGGAAACAGCGACGUCAUCAGCGCUCUCAUCCAGGAAGGGUGUGCACUGGACAGGCAGGACAAGGAUGGAAACACCGCUCUCCAUGAGGUGUCCUGGCACGGCUUCAGCCAGUCUGUCAAAGUGCUGGUGAAGGCCGGAGCCAACGCUCACGCCAAAAACAAGGCAGGAAACACCGCUCUCCACCUCGCUUGUCAGAACGGUCACUCUCAGAGCUCCAAGGUUCUGCUCCUGGGAGGAUCCAGGCCCGACAACAAGAACCAUGUGGGGGAUACGUGUCUGCAUGUGGCGGCCCGCUACAACCACGUGGCUGUGAUCCGCAUCCUGCUGGGAGCCUUUUGCUCGGUGUCAGAGAAGAACCUGGCUGGGGACACGCCGCUGCACGUGGCUGCUGCUCUGAAUCAUAAGAAGACGGUACGUCUGCUGCUGGAGGCGGGAGCAGACAGCCACAUCUGUAACAACGCAGGUCAGACGGCUCUGGACCAGGCCAGAGAACACAACAACCCAGACGUGGCUCUUCUCCUGACCAAAGCUCCUCAGGUUCAGAGUUUUGUGCGUGGCAGGAGUGUGAGGAAGAGGAGAGACAAGCUGAAGGCGGAGGGCAGAGCUCAGUCUGUGCCCAGAGAUGAGAUGCUGCCCCGUAAGGACAGUGCUGCAGAUGACACCCAGAGCAGUGACCGCGUCUUUAAACGCGCUGAGGUUACCGAGACCAACACCAAGACGGGAAAGAACAGGAAGCAGAAAGAGAAACCGUCUUUGUCCGACCCCCUCCGCCGCAGAGAGACCAGGCACAGCGAAGCCUUUCACAAGAGGAAGUGCAAACUGCGAGGAGCCAACAUCCCUCCGCACAACUACAAAGCCUAUCAGCUCUACACGCUGUACCGCGGCAAGGACGGCAAGAUCAUGCAGGCUCCUCUGAACGGCUGCCGCUGUGAACCUCUCAUCAGUAAACUGGAGAACCAGCUGGAGGCCACCAAGGAGGAGAUGAAGACUGAAAUCCACACCGUCCAGGACCUGAUGAACAGCAAGAUGGGCCAGCUGGACCGCAAGAACAAACACCAGAUCCGAGCUCUUGAUAAGAUGACGGUGGAGCGAGUGUCGGCAGAGAAGACCGAGUGUCUGCAGAGGAUCGAGCAGCGAGCCCUGCAGGAGAGGCUGGAGGCAGAGAAGAGACAGCAGGCGUCCCUGGUCAGUGAUUUGAAGAGCUGGUGUCUGUCCAAGCUGCAGAACAUAGACCUUCGCUUCACAGGCGACCCCGGCAGCACCAAGCUGCGGCGCUCGUCCUCCGUGGCCGAGGGCCUGAUCGAAGCCGAUGGAGCCGGCCUCACUGUGCUGCCCUCUGGUGAGGAAGGAAGCUCCCAGGGCCUGGAGCUCCACGACAGCCCCGUCCUCCUGGACUCCAGCCGGGUGGAGACCAGUGCGACGGAGGGCGGCUCAGCCAACCACUACUUUGUGGUUCACGUGGAGAGCUCUCCAGACGCUGAUAAGGCUCAUAAAGCAGAAGUCGUCUCUCCUGCAGCAGCCAAGAGCCCGCUGUCGUCUGUCCAGGUGGUUCGACCGAAGGAGCGCCCUGGGAUCUGUGCCGACCCCCAGAGGAAGAACCAGGACCCGCAGGACGUGGACACGGAGCAGGAGGCGAGGGGGGGCAGGAAUCACAGAUCCAGCAGCUUGUCUCCGGCUACAGAACGCCGCGGCAGCAGCAGCAGGACUGAAGCCGGGCUCAGAGACAGGGAGCGAGGCCGGGACAGAGGGAAACACCACAAGAAGCACUCCCAGGGCAGGACUAAGUCCAGAGGGGCCACGGGGGUCAGGACCCUGGAGGUCUUUGGAGACCAGCCCAGUGAACCCUCCUUUGCUCAGGAGAAGGACAACAUGCACGCCUUAGAGGUGACCCAGUACUUCUUCGAGGCGGUGUCGACGCAGAUGGAGCGCUGGUACGAGAGGAAGGUGCAGGAGGCUCGCUGGCAGGCCGACCAGAGGGCUCAGGCCGACCGAGCCGCUCUGAUGGAGAGGAUCGGAUACCUGGAGGACGAGCUGCGCAUGCUCAGGACUAACAGACAUGACGACUGCUAACACGCACACACACACACACACACACACACACACACACACACACACACA